AUGAAAGUGAGUGCAGUUAACAGCUUAGCUAAGCCUGACAGUCCAUGUAACGACAAAGGUUGUCAACUAAAGCACACUGUUAAACAUACUGAUAAGAAGGGUCGGUUGGUGGAAAAUGGAUCUAGCAUGGCAAGGAAAAGGAAAACAAGUGAGACAAAGAGUAAAGGCAAGAAAAAUGACGGAGGAGGUAAAAAUGCGGACAACGACCAGAAGUAUUGUGAGAUUUGUCACAUAGUUCCUCCUCCCAGGUCACAUCACUGUGUGUUGUGUCAGACUUGCAUCCUAAAGCGCGAUCACCACUGUUUCUUUAUGACUGUGUGCGUCGGCUACUUCAACCAGAAGUUCUUCGUUAUGUACUGCUUCUACAUGAUGGUCGGCACGUUCUAUGGAAUGAUUAUGAUUGUGGUACACUUAAAAAAGUUAUAUAAUGUCACAUUCCAUGGUCCACAGACAUUUAUAUUCCUGUUGAUUGACAUGGUUGGAAAAAUAGCCACGAAUGUUCAAGUUGAGCUGGGUUAUAUAUUCCUUUUGUUUCUCAUGUAUGCUUGUCUAACGGCAGGACUCAUAGCCGCCGGCUUGUGGUUUUGGCAGUUACAAAUCACUAUGGCGGGACAGACUACACAUGAAGCCACGUCGAUUGGAGGUGGAACAGUUUCUAAAUCAAAGAUUGAUAAUUUCCUGGAUGUUUUCGGAAGAUACUGGUUAAUAACAAUGAUUCUACCUCUGCCUAUUCCACAGACUCCAUAUAAAGAUACAAUUGUAAAGGAUGUCGGUGAUGACAAUAAAUAA